AAUUUCAGUUGGCAAACGCAGAAGGUUUUAGUUCGCAAAUUUCAAUGAGUUUAUUCAUAGUGUGUAUUUUGUUUAUUAAAUAAAAUAAUCUAAACAUCAUUGUACAUUAUUAUGCUUUGAAUUGCAUUCUUUUGUAGAUUAUGUAACGAAUGCAAACACUGCCAUCUAAAGGGAAUUCCCCUUUGUGAUAUAUUUAUAACCUCACGUAAACACACACGGGAAAAGGUGAUUCCCCGUUUCUGAUACGAACCGAAACUGGUUAGGAAAAGGUGUAUCCCCGUUUAUGAUAAGAACCUAAAUUCUUUUUUUUUUUUUUAAAUUUAUCAUUAGAUAUAUUUAUUCUGACACUGCUAUUGGGUUGUUCAAUUGCUUGGUUAGAUUGGUAUUAUAAACUAACAUUAGACUUAUGUAUUCAAAGAAGCGAUGCAAACUUUCUUUAGUUCUUAUACAGAAUUUUAAUCAGUGAAUUAUUUAACCUGAGUAAUUAACUUCUGCAACAAAGAUGGGUGUUAAAGGCCUUCAGAGUUUCAUAGAAAAUGAAUGUCCUGAAGCUUGCAAGUUUGUUUCUAUCAAGGAACUUGCAGAGAAACACAAGAAAGUUUUUAACGUUGAACCUGUACUUGUUGUUGAUGGUUUGAACUGGCUAGUUGAAUUAUGUGUCGAAUUACGCUUGGAAUGGAUGUAUGGUGGUCAAUGGCUACAAAUACAGAGAGCAAUGGCAGUUUUUAUUGCCAAAUUUAAAAGUAUUGGAGUGAAAUUAGUUUUCUUUUUUGAUGGAACAAUAUGCAAAUCUAAAAGAAAUGAAUGGGUUCGACGUCGAACAGGCACUUACGAAGGAAAACUUGAACUUUUUGAAACAAUAAAAAUGAAUUAUCAGGAACCAUUUGGUCAUUUUGGGAUUCCAACAUUUAUUGAUGUAUUAUCCUGUUUUAUUGUUAAAAGUUUGGGUGCUGAUGCUUUUCAGACAGAUACUGAAGCAGAUUUUGUCAUUGCUGAAUAUGCUGCCAAGCACAAGGAAGUUUUUGCAGUUCUUACUCAAGAUUCUGAUUUUAUUAUUUUCAAUACCAAAAUGUAUUUAUCCACACUUUAUCUAGAUUAUGUUACACUAAGUACAAUUCAUUAUGACAGAGACUGCUUAGCAUCAAAAUAUUUACAUCUCCCUGUUGAGAGAUUACCUUUAUUUGCAUGUUUAAUUGGUAAUGAUUUUAUUGAUCGCGAUUUGUUAAGAGAAUUUCAUUCAAGUCUCAAAGAAGUAAAAAAGGGAUACGUAGCAGCAGUUGCAGAAAAAAUUUGUAAAAUCAUUCAAAAGGAAGGUUGGAAGGGGAACAUUUUUAAUUGGCAUGAACUUUGUUCCAUAUCAUUGAAAGUUUUUGGUAGUAGAGAGAGAGCUGAUCUUAUUCGUGAAGGAUUAAAGUCUUAUGAAAUCAACUAUAAUAAUCCUCGCCUGAAAGUGCAGAUUGAAGUCAGUCCUGAACUGGAAAGAAUGUUAUACGAAAAGCAUUAUAAUUGCAUGAAUGCACCAUAUAUUUUUGAUCUGUUAUGUAAAAUGGAGUUCAACCAGAGAGAAGUUUUAGAAGAUGACUCAAGAACACCAUGCAUCCUAAUAUACAGAGAAAUACGCCAGCGUUGCUAUGGUGUGCUUUUUAAUUGUUUUGUAGCACCACAUUCUCCAACAAAUCCUGGUCGAACUAAAAAUGGACGAGAAGUUAUUGUUAAAGAAUGGUGUGCUUACCAAGGAAAUUUCUUAGAAAAGCCAGAAUUUAUCAAGCCAUUGCCUUUGAAAAUAUCUUCUUUACCUGGAACAGAAGAUCAAAUACCUACAAUUGAUGAUUUGUGGUUUAAUUCAACAGAAGAAAAAAAAUUAUGGAUGUUCUGGCACAUAUUACAAAUUCCAAUGAAAUUUGAGUCUUUGGUUAAGUUACCGAAAGAUCAAGUAGUUUUAGCUUGUAUUUUGAAUUCUUUAAUUGGAGGUUUAAAAUCAAGCCCUCUUGUGCAACCAUUAGCAGUUGCAACUUUUGUUGCACAAGCCUUAUGGAAAAAGGAGAUAAAAGAAUUGAAAAAGUUGCCAAUUCCUUGGUUGGAUCCAGCAAAUGUUAAUUUAUGUACUCUUUUCUUAAUUGGUGUAUCAACAGUAUUCUUGGUAUUAAGUACAUGUGGUUCUCCUCUUCCAUUAAUUCAUAUUAUGCCAUGGAAAUAUUUUGAUGGAAAACUUUUUCAUUAUCUGUACAAUAAAGCAACUAUUAAGCCAAGUAUUCAUGACCUGUGCAGAGAUGAGGAGAAAACAAUUAAAGAAUUUUACAAGUUACUCCGCAUCGUUACAAGUAACACAAUAUAUGAUGUUGAAAAGUUUAACUGGAAGAGCAUUUUUUUAGAUUUUGAUGAUUGGCAGAAAUAAUUUUCUUUCUGUAAUUUUGUUUUUAAUCUUUUAAAGAAUGUAUUUAUGAAUAUCAUUCAAUAUUCAACAAAUUGUUACUAAUGAUACAAUUGCUUGUAUAAUUGUAAAAAGGGUUUUAUCUUGAAUUUUAGCAA